AAUAUAUCUUGUACACAGCACAGAAAAAUGACUGUGAUCUACUCUACCUAAUUUCUUAGCUCAAAAGAGCAAUUUAAUAUAGGUUUUUAUAGGAAGUAAAAACCCCACUCUGUGUGGUAUUUUUCUGUUGUUAUGGUGCAGUUGCAAAUAAAUGAUUUUUUCAUUUUCAUUUCAUUUUUGCACUUACUGUUAGACUAAAAAUUUUGUUACUAUGUCAAAAAGGAGUUCAAUUAGCGAAUCCAGUAAUGGAUAUACAUCUACUUCUUCAUUUUCAACAGAAGGCCAUUCUUCCGAUUCUGGCGAAUACACAAAUGAGGGUGUAUCUGUUAAACACUUGAACCCGGCUACUCCUCGACAUACAAAUACUAUUCCUGAGUCAGUAACUAAAAAUAGUGCCGCAGCUGAAUCACAUACGGAAAACAGCAAAGAGCGUUCACAAUCCGAGUCUUCGAGAAACUUAGAUCAGUCUGACGCGAAUGGCCAAGAAGCCUCUGCCUCCGAAGCUAGUGAAUCGAAAAGUCGAUCUUUUGAAAAAAAACAACCUGAUUCUCAAAAGGUCAAGCUCAACUGGAGGGCGCGCCGCAGAUUACGUAAAAAAAAAAAGAAGCAGAACAUAGGUGGCUUGUAUCAUAGCAUGACCAUUGAAAAAGUUUGUGAGACUGUUCAAACCACUACCGAUGUGUUGGAAGUAGGGUUGUCUUCAAUAGAAGCUAAAAACCGACUUUUAGAAAAUGGUCCUAACAAACUUAGUCUACAUCAAGGCCCCGGCUUUAUAUCUCUCCUCUUUAAACAUGUUGCUACUGGCCUUACGUUUAUUCUACUUGUGUCCGUGAUAGUUUCACUUUCGACGAAAAACUGGAUUGAGGCCGGUGUGGUCCUCGCCGUUAUGGUUGCGAACGUGAUGAUUGGCUUUGUUCAAGAGAUCAAAAGUGAAAAAACCCUCUCAGCCCUUAAAAAACUUAGCGCUCCUUGCGCUCGUGUUAUCCGAGAUGAGCAUACCAUCGAAAUACCCUCUCCAAACGUGGUUGUGGGAGAUAUUUUGCUUUUAGAACCUGGAGACGUCAUCGCCGCAGAUACUCGUUUGUUUUACACUAGCAACCUUCAGGUUGACGAAGCACUCCUCACUGGUGAAGCGGAGCCCGUCGAGAAAGCUACGAAUGUUAUCGAAGAUUCGGAUGCCCCGUUAGGAGAUCGGCUAAAUAUGGCUUAUGCGAGCUGUGUUGUUUCUCGAGGUCGUGGCAAAGGUAUCGUGGUCGAAACGGGGAACCGAACACAAAUUGGAGCAAUCGCCCAUCAGCUAGAUACGAAAACAAAAUCCACAAGUUCUCCUAUUCAGAACAAACUCGAAUUCAUGACUUGGAUAUUAUUUGGACUCUCUAUCGUUCUCUCUGUCAUAGUCAUGGCCGUUAACGAAUUUGAGUUCGAAGAUUCCGUUUACAUUGUGUUCGCCGUUUCGAUCGGGAUUGCUAUUGUCCCCGAGUCUUUGAUCGUCGUAGUCACUUUGGCAACCUCUGUUGGCGUUAGGAAAAUGGCUCGUGAGCGAGCCAUCGUUCGAAGGCUCACUGCUCUUGAAACACUUGGUCAAAUAACCAAUAUUUGCAGCGACAAAACAGGAACUCUGACCCAAGCAAAAAUGAUUGCCUCUUCUGUUUGGCUGCCGGAUCAUGGCUUCUUCACCGUUGAGGGAACUGGACUGCAGAUCGUCGGAGACAUCGUGAGGUCCCCUCAAAUGCUCAAAAAUUUUAAUUCCGCCUUCCCGAACAUUUUUCCUAGCACCAAAGAACAAAAACUAGAGGGAAAAAUCGAUGUAGAAAAGGGCAAUGAAAACAUUCCUCCAGAGCUGUCGGAAUUCUUCCGUUGCUGUUCGUUGUGCAACAUGGCCAUUCUUAAACUUACUGCUUCCAAUAACAAUUCUGAUGUUCUUCCUCAGUCUAGAAAGGAUAGCUUUGUCCUCACUCAACAGCGUCUAUGUCAAACUGGUCAACGAGUUUCAAUCGAAGAACAAAAUCGAUCUUCCGAUCAAUCCAUGGGGCAACAGCACUUUCAAUUUGUUCAAGGUAUCGGCGACCCUACGGAAGUUGCGUUGCAAGUUUUGGCCUACAAGGCCAAAUUUGCUAAGCCCAGUUUGCUCGCCCGCGGAUUUAAAAUAGUUCAAGAGUAUCAUUUUGAAUCCAGCAUCAAGUGCAUGUCAAUUGUUGUCGAGUAUGACAACAAAUUAAUUGGCUACCUCAAAGGUGCUCCAGAGCGUGUUUUAGACCGCUGUUCUACUGCUAUAUAUGAACACAAAAAGUGGCCACUUUCAGAUGAAUUUUAUGAGCACUUUCGAAACGUCAACCAUUACAUGGCUGGUAACGGGUUGCGCGUUCUCGCGAUUGCCUAUAGAGAAAACAUGACUAGGGAUGACCUCGAACCGAGGGAGGUGGCUGAGCAAGACUAUACCUUCAUUGGUCUAGCUGGAAUUUAUGACCCGCCUCGUCCAGAGAGCAGGUCCGCUGUUGAAAUAUGCAAAAAUGCAGGUAUCACCGUUCACAUGGUUACCGGAGACCACAUUGCUACGGCCACUGAGAUUGCCAAAAUGGUUGGUAUCAUCGAUCCGAACACCAAAUUCUCCCAUUUGGUCAUGACUGCUCGCGAAUUUGAACUCAUGAGCGAAGGAGACAUUGACGAACUAGAACACUUGCCCCGUGUGUUGGCUCGCUGUGGUCCAGAAAGUAAAGUCAAGUUAAUUGAUGCCCUCCAUAGACGUCGUAUGCUUGUCGCCAUGACAGGAGACGGUGUGAACGAUGCACCCGCACUUCAUUGCUCCGACAUUGGCGUCGCCAUGGGAAAGUCUGGAAGCGAUGUCGCCAGACAAGCGGCAGAUGUCAUACUGACGGACGAUAAUUUUGCCACCGUUGUAACGGCGGUCCAAUCAGGAAGGCGAAUUUUGGAUAACAUCAAUAAAUUUGUUGCCCACCUCCUUAGCGCAAAUAUUUCAGAAGUCCUUAUAUUAAUAUUUGGCCUUGGAAUUCGCUCAGGAAAUCGAAGUGUAUUUACAUUAUCAACUAUGCAAAUUCUCUGGUUAAACUUGGCUACAAGUUCUCCUCCUGCUAUGGCACUUGGAAUUGAAAAAGCCGACAGCAAGAUCAUGCAACGCAAACCCAUUUCUGUGAAGCAGAGCCUAUUCUAUCCAGAAAUGGCAUUCGACGUCUUAUAUUAUGGCCUAAUUCAGGGCAUUUUAUCCUUGGCCGCCUUUAUAUUUAGUCUCUAUUAUAUCGGAGGAGGAGUGAUUGGCAAGCACUGCAACAAGUAUUCCCAUCUUUCUGUCGACUGUACAGCUAUCUUUGAAUCCAGGAGCGUCACCUUUAUGGCCAUGACGUUGAUGAUUUUAUAUCACGCUUUAAAUUGCAAACAUUUUAGAAAGCCAGUUUGGAGAAUGAAUCUCCUCGACAACUAUUGGAUUCUCGCUGCACUUGUUUUUGGGGCAGUUAUUACCAUUCCAACUAUUUACAUUAGAAGUCUCAACAGAGAAGUUUUUUCUAUGAAAGAAAUGGGCGCAAUACAUUGGUUACUCGUACUCAUCUGUUUGGUUUUGUUCAUCGCUUUCUCAGAAUUGUAUAAGUGGUUCAAGAGAAGGUUUCUUGUAAAAUAUGACUUGACCAGUUGGAGGGCACUAUUUCGUAAAGAAUUGAGCCCGGAAUAUUAUCCUCAGAACUUGUCUGAAACAAUAUUGAAGGACUAAACAGAA